AUGAGACUUUAGAAACGCGCCACUAAAUCAAAUUGAAGAAAACCAUCUUGAAUCUCUGGUGUCAUCGUCGCGUCACCUCCGUGCAAUCUGCCGCAUCAGCUCCGAGCAUCCUCUUCACCACACUUGAGAUCGACGUCAGGUAAUGGUGAGUGAGAGGACGAUUGUAACAAACUCGCCAUCCAAAUCAUGAUAUUCAACUUAGUCUCUCAAACGCGUCGAUCCAGAAGUGCGGAGUUGAAGCAAAAAUGAACAGAGACGAAUCGAAAAAGGAACUCACCGGAAUGAAUCAUCAACGUGAGUCAGCACCGAUAUCUCUGCAGAAUCACAACUUUGGUGUAAAUAGGUCGAGCUUGAUGCAGAGGUUCAAAAUUUUUUGAGUUUGCUGAAGAAUGAAGGUUGACGUGUGAAGAAUCCAGAACUUCCUGCUAUGUCCGAGUUAAUGAAAUUGGAUUGGAGAAGAGUCGGUUGAAGGAGUUGUUAGAACAUGGUUCGUUUUCUUGCAAGUUUUGAAACGGAAGAGGAAUUGUGAAAUUCUGCCAAGGGGAAUUAUCACAUAGUUUUUGUUUGUAAAAAUGAUGAGAUCCCUCUUCCACCAUAGUUGGUUUUAAAGUUGCAAUCGGUUUGUGAUACAGUUGGCUGUAAUUUGUUGGGAGAUUGCAAAAUCUGUUACAAGGUGGUAUUCUUGGUUCAGUGGAGGGACCGAUGACGACUGCACGCCGAUGUUGCUCUCACUGGUCUUUGGUGGUAGGACCAUCCUUGAUCAAUAUUAUUCUCACGUGCCCAAGCUUGCAUAGCUUGCAAUUGAGAAGCUACUGCAGAUUUGACUAUUCAUAACUGGUGGUUCUAAGUGUUGACAACAAUUUUGGUAAAACAAAGAGAGUUCACAAGAUGAUAUGUGUGAUGUCUUAACAUAAGAUGCUACGUGUGAUGUCUUAACAUAAGAUAUCGUAUGGAGUUCAAGAAAAAUAAUUAUGCAGGAUUGUAUCAGGAUGUCAUACACAAUGUCAUGGCAUCUGAUGUUUAUGUACCUGCUGGAGUUCAAGAAACAUAAUCAUGCAGGAUUAUUUCAGAAUGUCAUACACUAGGACAUGGCAUUUGAUAUGUGUGUUCCUGCUGGAGUUAAAAUGGAAAAAUAUAAUCAUGCAGGAUUGUAUCAGGAUGUCAUACUCAAUGUCAUGGCAUCUGAUGUUUUGUACCUGCUGGAGUUAUAAAAGGAAUUAUAGAAUUAUGCAGGAUUUUUCCAAGAUGUCAGACCCGAUGUCAUGACAUCCUGUACACAGAACAUUCAGUAUGAAUGUCUGGUGUUUUGUGAUUGCACAAUUAAUGACAAUCUAUGUAUGAUUGAAGAUCUGAUUAGCUGGCGCAUUCAAUCAUGGAUUACAACCUGAUUUACUUAUUUUCCAAUGAGAUCUAACCAACUGUCACGAGAAGAUUUAAUUGGAAAAUAGAUUUAGGGUUUUCAAGAUGUCCAAGCCCAGCUGAAAGCUUCUAUAAAAAGGGACAUGGAAAACCUGUUUUACAACACAACUAAUACUGAGCGAAAUAGAGAGAGAGAGCUAGGGUUUGUGUUCUGUUUAGUCGUGAGACUUGUAAGCCAUUCAAGUUAUCUUUGAUGAUUGAAUUGGACUGAUUUGUGGUUGUAAUUUGUCACUCUAAAGCUGUUAAGCAAGAGUGUGUGUCUACUUAAUCAAAACUGUGAAUCAAGAUCAAGUGUGUGUCUACUUGAUCAAAGGUGUGAAGCAAGAUCAAGUGUGUGUAUUCUUGAUUGAAACUGUGAAGUAAAAUCAAAAGUGUGUUAUUGAAAAGUGUUUUCUUUUCUCAAGGUAUUGUUGUUUAAGAUCACAGGUGUGAUUGUAGGGAAGUGAGUGGGUUCUCAUAUCUAAGAGUGCUUAGGUAGAAAUUGCACGGGUAGAGAUUAGGUGAGAAAGACUGUAACUUGUUGAAGUGUACAGAGAGUCUUUGAUACGGGUUCUCAAUAAUGUUACACAAGUAAGUUGUGGUUAGACAUUACUUUUUCCAAUAUAGACCUUAGAAGCCGGGGACCUUAGUUUACCAAAUCCAUCUUGGCCUAUUCGUAGGACGUAGUGCGAAAGUCGUUCAAGUGUAAGAUUUGAUACGAUUGUUAUGCGAUACUACACUCACAAGAGUCUCUCUUGAGAAUAUUUUUGGAAUACGAGUAGUCGUUCCUCCGAUAAUAUUCGAAAGAUGGGAUUAUGACUAUGGGAACCUUUUGUAGAACAUGUUUGGCAGGUUUAAACCUUAGUACACUCCUUUUGGGUGGUUCUUAACCUAAACCCCAUGCUCGUGACUUGCAACAAACCCUUGAUUCAUGGUUGAUCCGAUCAGGUAUCCUUAAUAUCAAUGAAACUUGGGUGUUGAUAAGGUGUAAACCAUAAUCCACCAAAAUGGGUGGUUGAUAUUAAGGAUAACAUUAUCUAUCCCAUGACCUUUGUUUGGUGUGCUCUUAAUUUCUCUCCAGAUAGUGCAACCUGACAGAUGUUCAAGCAGAUACAGCGAUCCUGAUUCCCAUGCCACUGCACUGCAUUCACAUCAUUUUGCAUCACAUCAUUUUGCAUUCAUAAUCAUUCACACAUGUUUAUCCAUUUCUGUGGGGUUUAUAUCUUCUACUUGAUUCUAGUCGGAAUUUUCUUGGUUCUCAUCAACGGCUUAGUCUUUUUUUUUUACAUCGUUUAUCUAUUGAGAGACUGGAAUCAAGGGGGUAGAAUACCUUUGGAAUUGAUAAACAUGUCAUUGCAUUUACAUAUUCAUUAGCAUGUCUUGCAUAACAGGUACCGCCACAGUGUUCUUAGUUUGUUUGGUGUUCCAUUAUCAGGAUAGCUGACCCAGGCAUUCACUGGUACGGUACCCACAGAAACCAACAGAGAGUAAUGGAGAGCCUACAGGCAGAGUUCGCCGAGAUGAAAAUCCGCAUGAAUCAAUUCAUGGAUGUGGUUCAAGGGGUGGCUCAGGGACAGCAAGAGCUCAGGCAGAUGAUACAGAGGAAUCCCCCUGCUUAACCAGAGACGGUGACUGAUCCUCCAGCUGGAGAGGCUAAUGGACCCAAUGGACCGGGGCCUAUCCCAAUCCUACAUGUCACCUCCGGUCAACAACCCGUUCAUGAUGAUCAGGACGAUCAGUUCCCCCUGCUGCAGGAAGACUUUGGUAUGGGUCAUGGUGUGGACCCCAUGUUUAGAAGAUUGGAAGAGAGGUUGAAGGCAGUGGAAGGACAGAAUCCUCUGGGAGUAGAUGUUGCUGACUUGGGGCUGGUCCUAGGUGUGAGAGUGCCACCGAAAUUCAAGGUCCCGAUAUUUGACAAAUACAAUGGCAACUCUUGCCCGAAGACCCAUGUGCAAGCCUAUUUCCGUAAAAUGGUUGCAUACUCCGAUGACGAAAAGUUGCUUAUGUACUUUUUCCAGGACAACCUAGCUGGGGCAUCCCUGGAAUGAUAUAUGAGGCUGGACAGAGCCCACAUCCGUUGCUGGAGGGAUUUGGUUGAGGCUUUCGUGAAGCAGUAUCAGUAUAAUGCAGACAUGGCUCUGGACAGAACUCAACUUCAAAAUCUGUCUCUUAAAAGCAAUGAGUGCUUCAGAGAAUACGCUCAACGCUGGAGAGAAACAGCUUCCCGUGUUCAACCUCUUAUGUUGGAGAAGGAAAUGGCUAACAUGUUCAUGAACACUCUGCCAGGACCUUAUUUGGAGCGCCUGGUGGGUUGCAAUGCCUCCAAUUUUGCUGAUGUAGUCUCUACCGGAGAGAGGGUGGAGAAUUACCCGAGGACAUACAAAACCUAGAGUGGAGGUGGAUCCUCAUCAGGGGUGAAGAAGCCGUUCAUUGAGGGACAGAAGAGGAGAGAAGGGGAUGCAAGUUCCAUAUCUUCUUAUCAGAACAGGGAUAACCGGAGGAAUAACUUUCAGAACUAUCAUUAGCAACCGUAUGUUACGGCCGUGACCAUUCCAGCUGCAGCACCACUACAACAACAACAACCACAGUGUCAACCAGCUCAGUACCAACCACAACAACCGGGUAACAGACCCGCCUAUCAACCGAGGCCAAGGACGAUGGACCGGCGUUUCGACACUCUUCCAAUGUCGUACGCUCAGUUGCUUUCUAGUCUUCAACAACUAUAACUUGUGCAGUUGCACACUCUGGCUCCUCCCGUUGGUAGGCUUCCAGUGGGUUAGAACGCCAAUGCUAGGUGUAACUUCCACUCUAGGGCACCUGGCCACAAUAUUGAGAACUGCAAAGCUUUUAAGCACGUAGUUCAGGACCUCAUUGAUUCAAAGGCCGUUAACUUUGCACCAGCUCCUAAUGUCGUCAACAAUCCCAUGCCCUAGCAUGGUGGAGCCAACGCUAACAUGGUUGAAGGAGAAGUCAAAUUAGUCUCUGCGGUCAACAAUGAAGAUGGGGAUAGUGAUUGCGACAUCGAUAACUGGGUGCGUCCGAGGAUCCCGGGUGAAGUUCUCAACAAUUGGUCUUCUGAGGAGAUUGUCCAAGCCACUUGUCUGGAGGAGUAAUUUUCUUUGUUUAUUCAUGCAUAUCCAAGUCUUACGUUCCGCCAAGGCGUAAUGACUCAUUGUAGGGCUCAUCUAUAUGACACUUGCAUUUUUUAUCAUAAAUAAAGGACGUCUUUUUGCAUUCAAAUAUUUCGUUCCAUGUCUUUCUAUUUUUGCAGUUUUUCAAAAAAAAUGGCAAUGUUUUGUUUAGUUUCCACUUUUUUUCACACUCAUAAGCACAUACCAUCACUCACGCAGAUGCACAUCACCGGAUCCUAUUGAUAACGGUUCUGCUAUGGCUCGCUUCGACUUUGAAAAUCCAAUCUUUCAAGCUGAAGAAGAGGGUGAUGAAGACUGUGAACUCCCUGAAGAACUUACCAGGUUAUUAAAACAAGAGGAAAGGGUCAUUCAACCGCAUCAAGAGUCUGUUGAAGUGAUUAAUCUCGGCACCGAGGACGCCAAGAGAGAAAUCAAGAUAGGGGCUGCUUUGGAAGACAAUGUGAAGAAGGGGUUGAUUGAAUUGCUGCAAGAGUAUGUUGACAUCUUCGCUUGGUCUUAUCAGGACAUGCCAGGGCUUGACACAGACACCGUGGUACAUCGUUUGCCUCUCAAAGAAGGUUGUCCUCCGGUCAAGCAGAAGCUCAGAAGAACAAGACCAAAGAUGGCUGUCAAGAUAAAGGAAGAAGUGCAAAAACAGUUGGAUGCAGGGUUUCUAGCAGUCACAAAUUAUCCGCCAUGGGUUGCAAAUAUCGUUCCGGUACCUAAGCCAAAGUGAAAGCGAUACAGGAAAUGCCUGAGCCAAGAACAGAGAAACAAGUCCGUGGUUUCUUAGGGAGGUUGAACUACAUUGCAAGGUUCAUCUCUCACCUCACAGCCACGUGUGAGCCAAUAUUCAAAUUGUUGAGAAAAGAUCAGGCUAUCAGGUGGAAUGAUGAUUGUCAAAGGGCGUUCGAGAAGAUAAAAGAGUAUUUGCAGAAUCCUCCUAUCCUUGUGCCUCCGGUCCCAGGGAGACCGCUGAUUAUGUAUUUGACAGUACUAGACAAUUCCAUGGGUUGUGUUCUCGGUCAACACGACGAGACAGGUAGGAAAGAGCAUGCCAUCUACUACCUGAGUAAGAAAUUCACAGAUUGCGAGUCGAGAUACUCAAUGCUUGAAAAAACAUGUUGUGCACUUGCAUGGGCUGCUAAGCGAUUGAGACAAUACAUGCUGUCUCACACAACCUUACUGAUCUCCAAAAUGGAUCCAGUCAAGUAUAUAUUUGAGAAGCCAGCUCUCACCGGAAGAGUUGCUCGUUGGCAAAUGGUACUGACAGAGUAUGACAUCCAGUAUACUUCCCAGAAAGCCAUCAAGGGGAAUAUUCUAUCAGACUAUCUUGCUCAACAGCCGAUUGAUGAUUAUGAGCCGAUGAAGUUUGAUUUUCCAGAUGAAGACAUCAUGUUCCUCAAGAUGAAAGACUGUGAAGAGCCAGUUGUUGAAGAGGGACCUGAUCCAGACGAAAAGUGGACUUUAAUGUUUGAUGGGGCCGUCAACGCCAGAGGAAGUGGAAUUGGUGCUGUCAUUACAACUCCGAAAGGUGCCCACAUGCCUUUCACCGCUCGUCUGACUUUCGAGUGCACCAAUAAUGAAGCUGAGUAUGAAGCUUAUAUCUUGGGUAUUGAGCAAGCCAUUGAUUUGAGAAUCAAGACUUUGGACAUCUUCGGAGAUUCAGCUCUGGUAAUCAAUCAAGUGAAUGGUGAUUGGAACACUCUCCAGCCUACUCUGGUCCCCUACAGAGAUUACACGAGAAGACUGUUGACUUUCUUCACAACAGUAAAGCUGUACCAUAUACCUCGUGAUGAGAACCAGAUGGCAGAUGCUCUUGCUACUCUAUCCUCCAUGAUCACGGUGAUCCGUUGGAACCAUGCUCCCAAGAUCGACGUGAUGCGCCUUGAUAGGGUCGCGUAUGUGUUUGCUGCUGAACUGGUAGUUGAUGACAAGCCCUGGUAUCACGACAUCAAGUGCUUUCUGAAGAAUCAAGAGUACCAUGCAGGGGCAUCCAACAAUGAUAGAAAGACUUUGAGAAGAUUGGCAGGCAGUUUCUUCUUGAAAAAAGAUGAUGUUCUGUAUAAGAGGAACUUUGACAUGGUUUUGCUCAGAUGCGUGGACAAACACGAAGCAGACAUGUUAAUGUAGGAAGUUCAUGAAGGCUCCUUCGGUACUCAUGCCGACGGACAUGCAAUGGCUAAGAAAUUGUUGAGAGCGGGUUAUUACUGGAUGACCAUGGAAUCUGAUUGUUUCAAAUAUGCUCGGAAGUGUCAUAAAUGCCAGAUUUAUGCUGAUAAGGUGCAUGUGCCGCCAAAUCCUUUGAAUGUGAUGUCUUCGCCGUGGCCUUUUGCUAUGUGGGGCAUCGAUAUGAUUGGAAAGAUUGAGCCGACCGCUUCCAAUGGGCAUCACUUCAUCCUUGUUGCCAUCGACUAUUUCACCAAGUGGGUCGAAGCAGCGCCAUUUGCGAAGGUCACCAGACAUGUGGUUGCCCGAUUCAUCAAGAAAGAAAUCAUUUGUCGCUAUGGGAUUCCCGAAAGAAUCAUUACUGAUAAUGGUUCUAAUCUCAACAAUAAAAUGAUGAAGGAGUUGUGCCAGAACUUCAACAUUCAGCAUCACAAUUCUUCCCCUUACCGCCCUAAGAUGAACGGUGCUGUUGAAGCGGCAAAUAAGAACAUAAAGAAGAUUGUGCAGAAGAUGGUUGUUACAUACAGAGAUUGGCAUGAGAUGCUACCCUUCGCCUUGCAUGGGUACCGUACUUCAGUACGUACAUCGACCGGGGCAAUCCCUUACUCCCUUGUGUAUGGUAUGGAAGCAGUCCUACCUGUUGAAGUGGAGAUUCCUUCUCUAAGAGUCCUGUUGGAUGUCAAGUUAGACGAAGCUGAAUGGAUUCGGACAAGGUUCAAUGAGUUGAGUCUUAUCGAAGAGAAGCGAAUGGCAGCCAUUUUUCAUGGGCAGUUGUAUCAAAGUCGGAUGAAGAGAGCCUUUGAUCAGAAAGUGCGUUCUCGAUGCUUCCAGGUCGGAGAUUUGGUGUUGAAAAGGAUCCUUCCUCCUCAAACAGAUCACAGGGGCAAGUGGACUCCUAACUAUGAUGGACCGUAUAUUGUCACCAAGGUUUUUGAUGGUGGGGCCUUAAUGCUUGCAACGAUGGAUGGUGAAAACUUCACUUCCCCGGUGAACUCAGGCGCAGUUAAAAAAUACUUCGCAUGAAAUAGACCCGUUGGACAAUAAAAAGAGUAGUCCAGGCAAAAAUGGGCAUCCCGGCGAACCAAGAAAAUGAAAAAGGUUCGGGCAAAAAUUAGGGAUUAAAAGUGAAAAGAUUGUACACCCGGUAAGUUGAAAACCUGAAAAGGCAUUUUAGGCAAAAAUGGGUAUCCCGGUGGAUUGAAAACCCGAAAAGGGCGAUCCAGGCAAAAGUUAGGGAUUAAGCGAAUGACUGCGUUCUGAGUAGUUCUGAAUCUCAUCUCGUGUCAAUGACUGGAAACUUUUGAAGGAUAGGAAACAAUCCAAUCACUCUUUUUAGAAAGCUGAUCAUCUGGAGGAUCUUGAAGACGAGCAAGUCAUAGCAGAAUUGGAAUCCAAUAGAAAUCCAUUUCACAUUGCCAUUAGAUUAAUGUCUAUUUUUAUCUGUUGUGCGAUUACCUCUUUCCAGGGAUUGCUUCCUGAUGUAAAUGCCUAUUUAGAGGCCGUUCAAUCAAUAAAAUCAUGUUAUUCAGUAUAUCUCUGUUUUCAUUUUCAUUUUUCUAUUUUGUUUGCAAAAAUGACGUCCGAAUUUUUUGAUAAACAUUGCAUCAUGACACAUAAGAGCUUUACAGAUACAUGCUUAAUAAACAUUUAAAAUUGCUGUAAAUUUUAAGUGCUUUGGAUCGUCUAUUCAGAACAGGUACCCUCGGGGCAUUUCCUUAAAAUCCCCUGCAGAUGAUCGUGAAUGUUUUCCCCCAACAGACGAAUUCGGUAUCAUAUCCCUGCAGAGCUGAUCAGAGCGUUGGAUUCUUCAAUCCCCAGCAGGUUCUCACCACUGUACCUCCCCCCCAAGCGGUGGUUUCAGAUUAUACACUCCCCAUUAGAGUUGACAGUGUCAGACUAUAUACCCCCAGCGGAGUUGACAGUGCCAGACCGUAUCUUCCCAGUAGAAGCGGCUGCUCCUCAGAGUUCGAGGCCAGAUCGAUAAUCCCAAUGCCAGAUCCAUGGUUUCUUUCCUUGAAGCAGAACCUCGGUACCGCAUCGGUGUUUGCCUCCCUUGCUGAGUCAUCUCUCGCAGAUCGUGGUUGCCAGAACCACUAUCGCUUUCCCCAACAACAGGUUUUCAGUGUCGUUCUCUCCCCAAUCAGAAUCUCGGUAUUUCGUCAUUGCUAGAACACCGUGUGACGGGUCAUUUCCCCACAGAAUUCUUUGCGCUGUGCAUCUCCAGCAGCCUUGCCAAGGUCCAAAAGAUGGUGAUUAUUUCCCCAGCAGAUCCCCUUGCCUCAGCUUGGUAUUCUACCCAGCAUUUCGCAUCCCUGCAUGUAGAAUCAUAUUGCAUUGCAUCCUCCCAAAUCGCGUAGCAUUUCCAUUUUCAUGGAGCAUUACGCCAUUGAAAAAUUCAAACAUACGCAUGUAAGCAUAAAACAUUCUCGGUAUCCCAAAUGAUAAGCCAGAAGUUGUUUCCAGUACUCAGACUGAAGAUUGUUCAUGACUUACCUUUGUUAUCCCUAGCAAGUGUCAUUGGCCCAUGCGCCGCCUCUAUUAUCGUUCCCUAUUUCUGCCGAUACUGACAAGCAUGAAGUUUCCGACGUUUAGGUCGACGCAACUUGUGGCAUUCAGGCCAGCCUCUCGGUGUUCAGACCGAUAUUAAUAAUCUCAUAUCUCCCGAUGUUCAGAUCGAAGUCAUUUCCAGUAUUCAGACUGAUGAGCGGCAUUCAGGUCAUGGUUAUUUAUGUGUUACCAUUUAUUUUGGUAUCCAGGUUAACAUUCUUUUUCGGUAUUCAGACUGACUCUCAUCGUACCAGACAAAUUCUUCUUUCAAGACCAUCUCUUUGCCGAUUCUGACAGGCAUUGUUACUUCACUUCACUUCAGUGCAAAUUUUCGGGCUUUUAUUGUACUCAAUCCCUUGAUACCUCGAAAGCACGAAAGCCGCUGCUAUCUUCUUUCCAGGUCUCCAGUUGAUUGAAUAGGGGCAACUGUAAUACCCCAAAAUUUACCCUUCAUUUUUCCUGGAAGCAUACGCUUUACACCUCAUGCAUGCAUUCAUUUUUAGGUCAUUUAGCAUUUGCAUUUCAUCAUGGCAAUCGGAAUCGAAUCCAAGAAGCUUGAACAUCAUCCAGGACACUUUGUGGGCUCUAUUUAGAUGAUUGUUAGGGACCAAUUAGUACUACUUUUUAUACAAUUUUAUUGGUCCCUUUUACCAAGUUUUUAUGUAAUUACACACUUUUAUCUUCAUUAAUUUGUAUAAAUGCAAUUAGGUUUAAUUUAUUUUGUUUUGAAUAGUUAUUUCACAUUUUUUGUUAGUUGUGUAGAAUUAUGGAUAAGCAAGACCUUGGUUUCAACAUGGCAUUUUGGGAGGAAGCUUGCCAAACAAGGAAGCUGGGAAAGCAACAGUUCGCGCCGCGAACUUCCUUCGCGCCGCGAAGGCUGCGAAUCCAGCAAGCUGACCAAGGGUCAAAGGUGCUGCUGUGCAGAAAAAGUGAUUGCCAUUUUGAUGUCUGCCUGGGAAGUGCUUUUCUGCUGCAGAUGACAAUGUCCAAUUAGGGAAAUGUCAACCUUUUUGGUAGAGACAAAAUAGUUUAACCUAGGUUUUGGAAAAACAUUAUUCCAUUCAUUCACACAUUGUGCUGUAGAGUUUUUGCAAUAGAGAAAACAGAGUUUUUCUUCUAAAAACCUUCUGUUUUGU